CUGGAUGCUCCCUGAUAUAAAACCCGCAGCCUCCAGGACUCCGCAGACCCUCCAACUCCUCGCCUCGUCCUGCAGCUGUCCGGGAAUCCGCUCCUCCACGCGCACAGAUGCGGGCCCUCCUGACCAGUCUCUGCGCGCUCCUGUGCGCCGCCGCCGCGCGCCCCUUCAACGCUUUUCCCGCCGAUACCGAGUCAGAGGAAGUCCGCUCUGCAGCCAUCAAGAGACUUUUGGAGGUGUUUGGCAUGGAGGACCCCCCCGCCGUGCACGGACACAAGCAGCCGCCUCAGUACAUGCUGGACCUGUACAACACGGUGGCGGACGUGGACGGCGUGACCAGAGACCCCUCCCUCCUGGAGGGCAACACAGUGCGCAGCUUCUUCGACAGACUGCGCAGUGAGCAGGUGGAGUUCCGGUUCAACCUGUCAAGCGUCACCAAGACCGAGAAGAUCCUGACUGCGGAGCUGCACCUGUUCAAGCUCAGACCUCAAGCCGCGCUGGCCUUCAACCGGCACCACUUCUGCCAGGUCAGCAUCUACCAGCUGAUGGAGGUCAGCGGGAGCAACAGCACGGACAGGAAGCUGCUGUCCUCCAGACUCCUGCCGGUCCACUCCUCCGGCUGGGAGGUCUUCACCAUCACUCCAGCUGUCUGGUCCUGGAUGACAGAUGAAGGCAGUAACCUGAGGCUCCAUGUGGUGGUUCGGACUCUGGGGGGAAGCCAGGUGGACCUGAAACUGAUCCGCUUCGCUUCAGGACGCCACCAUCACCCCAGCAAGCAGCCCAUGCUGGUUCUCUUCACUGAUGAUGGCCGUCAGUCCGCCACCCUGCAGAGCUCAGACUCGGAGGAGUCUGCCUCCACCCUCCCCCAGUUCCCCAUGUCUGCUCCACCGUCUCGCUCCGCUCGAUCGCUGGACUACGGCGAGGACUUGGGCGUGUCCAAGCCCUGCCAGCGCUGGCCCCUCUACGUGGACUUUGAGGAGAUCGGCUGGUCGGGCUGGAUCGUGUCCCCGCGGGGCUACAACGCCUACCACUGCAAAGGCUCCUGCCCCUUCCCUCUGGGCCAGAACAUGAGGCCCACCAACCACGCCACCGUCCAGUCCAUCAUCAACGCCCUGAAGCUGGUCAGAGGCAUCCAGACGCCGUGCUGCGUGCCCGACAAGCUCUACUCCAUCAACCUGCUGUACUUCGAUGACGACGAGAACGUGGUGCUGAAGCAGUACAACGACAUGGUGGCGGGGAGCUGCGGCUGCCACUGACCGUGCACGCGCCUCACUGUGAGCAUCAGAAUCAUCUGAGCCGAGACUGUAGAUCUGUACAUAAUCCAAAUAUUAAUAUAUGUUUACGACAACAGUGAAAGUCAUACAAAUGUAAAUGUGUAGAUUGUGUUUGCUGCUGAGGGAAUGUACAGUUGAAUAAAUGAUAAAGGACACAAA